GCUUGCUCUUGCCAGCCGAUUGCGCCCUCACUCUGGUGUAAGAGUGGCCGUGGAUCUACACAUUGCUGCUCUCAUCGCUGCCUUGUGCUCGCUGCCAACUUUCAGCUCCUGCAACGGUCGGGAAGCCGCGAAACUAUCCGCAGUGCUUAAAUGUCAUCUGCUGCAAACGCGUUAGAGAUCCCGGACAGCUCGGACGACGAGGCAGCGAGGCCCCAGUGGCAGCCGUUACGACUAAAACCAGGCGACACUGCGACCGGUAAAGCCGAUGCGCCGCUCCCGAUCUCGGACUCGGACGACUCGCAGGACGACGAGCCCACCGCUCGCGCGCGGCAGAACCUGCAGAACGCCCUCAAACAACCGACGCAGCAGGACGACGACGCGCCCGCCUCGAAGCGCCAGCGGACGGAUGAUGCUCCCGUCGACCUGACGCUGGACAGCGGCGACGACGAGGCCGCGCGGCCCGGGUCGCCGGACACGGACGGGUCGCCGACGGCGCGCGCGUUCUGGCCCAGAAUUCCGGAGAAGGGCGACGCUCCAGCGCUCGCCGCGGGUACCGUCGGCGGCCUGUACCACGUCGGCAUGCGCCAGGGCUGCGGCGCGGACAAGACGGGCGCGCGGUCCCUGUCGGAGCGCGACUACGUGGAGACCCUGGGGCGGAUCCGGGCCGAGGUCGCCUUCGACAUGCGCCGCGGGACCUGGAAGAGCAAGUGCCAGAAGAAAAAGGGAGGGCCGUGCGGGGGCCACCCCGAGUGGAGCUGCAACUGCCCGAAGGACAGCCGGGUCGAGGCUGUCCACGCGCGGGCCGGCGUCGCGUACGAGUGGCUCGGCGGGCCGAUCACGAAAAAUGGCGGCCACAACCUCGGCGGGAGCGAGGUGUCGGCGUAUCCGGGUCGCGAGUACCCGUUCCUCAAGAACUCGCGCGAGAUCAUGCGCGCGAUGUUCGACCCCCGCAACACGGCCGGCCGCCCCUGCCUCGACGGGACCAAAAAGAAGACGGUGCGCGUGCGCUACGACCCCGACGCCCACGCGGCCCUGAAGCGCGUCGCCGCCGUCUCGAAGACGAAGCGCGUCGUCCUCAUCUGCGUCGAAGACAAUCUGUCGGACUGCCACGUCGAGACCCUCAUCGAAGUCAUGCUCGAGCAGAGGCUCAUCGACGCCGCGACGGCCCUCGAGCCGACGCUCAUGCGGCCCGGCGCCGGCUGGACGACCUGCGCGUGCGCGCGCCACCUCGACUGGAACGCGGAGCUGCGGCGGGUCAAGGCCGCGCGCUACGCCACGAGAGGUAAGUAAUUGUUG